AUGGAGGCAACGAAGUGUGGCUACUGCGGGUACAUUUUACGAGGUGGGUCGUGUGGAACGAUUUUGAACCACCACUGCUUCGAAACAUACGACGAAUAUGUCCAUGUUAUUAAAGUUGAUGACAAUGCCGUUGUCACUAUAAGAAAGAGACACGAAAGUGAACAUCUUUUGCCGCAUUCAAAGGAAGGAGCUGCCCAGUCCACAUCUUCAUCACCGUGUCCACUCAAUCAAGAUGAGUUGCUAAUUGAGUUAGUGCGGGUCCGAAAGGGUUUGUGGGACCAUUCAAUACCGCCCAGCGAGAGAACAAAAUUAAAAAAAGACGGUCUGUGGCAAGAGAUAAUGAAUAUAUUUGAUGGAUCCCUGUCUAUGGAAACAAUUAAACAAAAAUGGAAACACCUCCGAGAUUCUUACAUGAAGGCUCGGAAGAAAAUGCAGGGAUACGUGCGAAGCGGAUCGGGGGCGGAAGCUGGUCAUCCUGUAAAAAGCUCAUUCGCGCAUUAUGAAAAAAUGAGAUUUCUGGACGAUACCAUCAAAACAGCAUCGACUGUCAGCUCCAUCCAGCACCUCUUGGAAGCGGCGAGUUCAUCCCAUCAGCAUGUUGACGAUGACAUGCAAGUGGACAAGCCUGCCGAUGAUCACAUGCUAUAUAUUAGUGAUGAUUUAUCAGAUUCUGCAUGUCCAUCAUCAGCAGAAAAAUCCUCAUCUCGAACAACCCGAAGUUCAUCGAUAGAGACGAAAAAUAUAAAAUUGCAAAGGCAAGCUGAGAUCGAGAACAAAUUUCUUAAGAUCAUCGAUGAAGAAGCGCCCAAGAAACGAGACAUAGUUGACAGUUAUUUGGACCAGCUUGGCGACCUUUUACGCCGACUAUCCUACAUACGACGCAGAAACCUGCAAAGAAGGCUCAUGGAUAUUGCUAUAGCGGAGGAGGAUGAACAGCUUCUGGAGAGGGAGAACGCCCAGUGA